GCUGGCCGGCAAAGGUUCUUGGUAAAUAUUUGUUGAAAGGCUGAAUGAAAGAAGCCCUUUACCUCCAGAUGGAGACAUGUAGGUCUCCUCCUCCUCUCCCUCACCUACAACCCAGGUGUAGGUGACUUACUGGGCUGGGUAGAAAAGCCCAUUGAGAGUAUGGGGUCCCUGAAGGUGUCUGUUGGUUUUGGGCUGGGACCUAGAGCACUGGCUGUACCUGUGAGUUGACCCACCCCCACUCCCUCAGCUCCCCUGCUGAGACUCUUGAGUCUCUUAUCUCCCAAGCUGCAGAGUUUGUUUUUUAUCUCGUUGGUCGAGGGUGUGUAUGUGAGGCUUCUCAAAAUGGGGCAGCUUCCUCCCACAGCAAGGCCUGGGGGCUUCUCUCAUAUGCCCUGUGCCUCUGUCUUCAUUCUGGACCCUUACCCAGGAGGAGCCCAUGGACAAGACCUACUGCCUGAGCCGGAACUAGGACCACCUCCCAGGGACUGCCCAGGCCUCCGCUGCUUGGACCCUUCUGCUGACAAGUCUGGGCACCCACAGGCCUCAGAGGGAGAGAGUCCUCAGCCAGGCAAAACCAAGAUCGCCAUCACCAUGACAACCAGUCACCAGCCGCAGGACAGGUACAAAGCCGUCUGGCUUAUCUUCUUCAUGCUGGGUCUGGGGACCCUGCUUCCCUGGAAUUUUUUCAUGACAGCUACUCAGUAUUUCACAAACCGCUUGGACCAGUCCCAGAAUGUGUCCUUGGUCACUGCUGAACUGAGCAGGGGCAUCCAGGCCUCGGUCACCCCUACAACACCCUCUGCAGAGCGGAAUUCUCUGAGUGCCAUCUUCAACAAUGUCAUGACCUUGUGUGCCAUGCUGCCCCUGCUGCUCUUUACCUACCUCAACUCCUUCUUGCAUCAGAGGAUCCCCCAGUCUGUUCGGAUCCUGGGCAGCCUGGUGGCCAUCCUGCUGGUGUUCCUGAUCACUGCUGUCCUGGUGAAGGUGCACCUGGACGCCCUGCCCUUCUUUAUCAUCACCAUGAUCAAGAUCAUGCUCAUUAAUUCGUUUGGUGCCAUCCUGCAGGGCAGUCUGUUUGGUCUGGCUGGCCUCCUCCCUGCCAGCUACACGGCCCCCAUCAUGAGUGGCCAGGGCCUGGCAGGCAUCUUCGCCUCAGUGGCCAUGAUCUGCGCCAUUGCCAGUGGCUCAGAGCUGUCAGAAAGUGCCUUCGGCUAUUUUAUCACAGCCUGUGGGGUCAUCAUUGUAACCAUCAUUUGUUACCUGGGACUGCCCCGUCUGGAAUUCUACCGCUACUACCAGCAGCUCAAGCUCGAAGGGCCGGGGGAGCAGGAGACCAAGUUGGACCUCAUUAGUAAAGGAGAGGAGCCAAAAGCAGGCAAAGCGGAGUCUGGAGUUUCAGCCCCCAACUCUCUGCCCACCAACAAAAGUCACUCAAUCCGAGCCAUCCUCAGAAAUAUCUUAGUCCCUGCUCUCUCCGUCUGCUUCAUCUUCACGGUCACCAUUGGGGUGUUUCCUGCCAUUACCGCUGAGGUCAAGUCCAGCAUUGGAGGCAGUAGUGCCUGGGGACACUACUUCAUUCCCGUGUCCUGUUUCUUGACUUUCAAUGUCUUUGACUGGUUGGGCCGGAGCCUCACAGCCAUAUCCAUGUGGCCUGGGAAGGACAGCCGCUGGCUGCCAAGCUUAGUGCUGGCCCGUCUGGUGUUCGUGCCCCUGCUGCUGCUGUGCAACGUCCAUCCCCGCCGAUACCUGGCUGUGGCCUUUGAGCACGAUGCCUGGUUCAUCUUGUUCAUGGCCGCCUUCGCCUUCUCCAAUGGCUACCUCGCCAGUCUCUGCAUGUGCUUCGGGCCCAAGAAAGUGAAGCCUGCCGAGGCGGAGACAGCGGGAGCCAUCAUGGCCUUCUUCCUGUCUCUGGGCCUGGCACUGGGGGCUGUCUUCUCGUUCCUGUUCCGGGCAAUUGUGUGACCCUGGAUGGACAGAGGACCGCACUGGACACCUGCUCUUGCCCCUUCCUCAUCCUUUAGAGAUGGGCAGGGGUGGGCUGGAGGUUUUCUCUUCUAGCCGAAUUCUGCUUUCUCACAGCCUGUGCUGGGCUGAGUGUCCAGGCCCCGAGGAGGGGGCCUCUGGGUGGACAGUUGGACAGUGGGGACAUCGUGGGCCUGCAGGUCAGAGUCAAGAGGGACACAGUCUCUGCAUAUGCUCGAAUCCUCCCACAUUCAGCUCUGAUUCCUACUUGAGCCUCUCCAAGGCUCAGAGUGUGUGUGUGUCUGUAUUUUGUCUGCCUGUACCAGGGGUGGCUAGGGGCCAGGACUAUCUCUUCUAAGGUCCAGUCUGAUAUUGCACCCCUCCCUUCCCCCUGUCCCUCCCCUGCUCCCCUGCCUUGUGUCUAUCAUGUACCCUGUACCCCUGUACAGUUGCUAUUUUACUGCCUUUUUUAUACUCAACAGAAACCAGGUGCCUUCAGAGGCUGCCUAAAUAAACUAUUUCCCCCCCAUG